AUGUCACGCAUUGCCUAUGUCAACGGCCGCUAUGUGCCGCAUGCGCAAGCCCAGGUGCAUGUGGAGGAUCGCGGCUACCAGUUUUCCGACGGCGUCUAUGAGGUGUGCGAGGUUUCCGGCGGCUUCAUCAUCGAUCGGACGCGACAUCUGGACCGGCUGGACCGCUCGUUGAGCGAACUGGCGAUGGCCUGGCCCGUGGGCCGCGACGCGCUCGGCCGGAUCAUGAUCGAAGUGACAAGCCGGAACCGAGUGCGCGACGGGCUGGUCUACCUGCAGGUGACGCGCGGUGUGGCACGCCGCGACCAUCCGUUCCCGCCUCCCGGCACGCCGACGGCGCUCGUCGUGACAGCCAAAUCGACCGACCGCCGGGCGUUCGCCGAAAAGGCCGAAAAGGGUGUCGCCGUAAUCACCGUGCCCGACAAUCGCUGGGACCGGGUGGACAUCAAGACGAUCGGCCUGCUGCCCAACGUUCUGGCGCGGCAGCAGGCGCGCGACAGCGGCGCGGCCGAAGCCUGGAUGGUCGACGAGGACGGCAUGGUCACCGAGGGCGCGGCCACCAAUGCCUGGAUCGUGACGAUGGACAAUGUGCUGGUCACCCGUCCCGCCGAAAACGGCAUCCUGCGCGGUGUGACACGUGCGACCGCGCUCGAUGCGGCGGCGAAACUGGGCCUGGCCGUCGAGGAACGUGGUUUUACCGUUGCCGAAGCCAAGGCUGCGCGGGAGGCGUUCAUGACGUCUGCGACCUCGCAGAUCAUGCCGGUGACGAGCAUUGACGGUGCGCCGGUCGCCAAUGGUCAUCCGGGAGAAACGGCACGCCAGCUGGGGCGGGCUUUCUUCGGUGCGGCCGAAAAAAUCGCUGUUGCCGGCUCGCUUUCCCUUGAAAAGCGGUGA